UAUUCUUACGAGAUUGAAUAUUUAUUAUUAUUAUUGGGGAAAAAAACUGUUUUUGAUUUAUAUUAUUAAUAGAAAUUGGGUGUUAGCGGAAACAACAAGCAUUAAUGAUGGUUGGGAUGAUGCAGCAGAUGGAGAAGCUCCCCGAUUUCUGUAGCCCUAACUCUAGCUUCCCCUCCGACCAGACCAACCACCUCAUGCUUUCCAACUCCAAUGCACACCAAUUAUUCCUCAACCCCAUCCAGAUCCAACCCGGUUUCAGAUACGGGUCCGGGUUGCUAACCGCUCCCUCCCCCCUCUCGGAGUUCUCUCCCAACGAGUACCCAUCAAUGUUGAUCGACAAAAGAUGCUCAGAUUGUAACAACAACAACAACAGAAACAGAAACAUGGCUGCAAUGAGGGAGAUGAUCUUCAGGAUUGCGGUGAUGCAACCGAUAAACAUUGACCCUGAAUCGAUAAAGCCACCAAAGAGGAGGAACAUGAGGACCUCCAAGGGUCCCCAAAGCGUCGUGGCUCGGCAGCGGAGGGAAAGGAUAGGCGAGAGGAUUCGUAUUCUGCAGCGGCUGGUGCCGGGUGGGACGAAGAUGGACACGGCCUCUAUGCUUGACGAAGCCAUCCAUUACGUUAAGUUCUUGAAGAAGCAGGUGCUGUCGCUGGAGGAGCAGGCAGUGGCCAAUGGCGGUGGACUUGGAGGAAGAACGGUUGUUACCGGCGGUGGCAUGUCGGCGGCUCCGGUGGUGGGUAUCGCCGGGUUUGGUGGUGGGACGAUGAUGAAGGGUUGUGGGGCAAUGGGUUCUUAUCAGAUGGUGGGCAAAUUCACAUAUACUUAGAUGAUUGACACUUCACUUGCCUUUUUUUUUUUCUUCUCAUUUUCGUGCUUCAAACAUGUUUGUGAUGGUUAGUUCCAAUCCAACUCCGACUACGUAAUUUAUCUCAGGUAAAUUAAAAGGGGGGAAGGGAGCGGAUAAUCAAUUCAAUGAGUCGUGGCCCGUUAAGCCCGUUUUCAUCA